GUCAGCGUUUCUCGUCCGCCUCGAUCUCACCAUGCUUUGUGUAUGAUCUGUUCCCGCGAAAGGCGACCGAUCGUCGACUGGGGAAGGGAUUUUGGUCAAAAUGAAAAACAGGAAACGUCAGAAGGAUAACAGUGGUGUUCAGGAGUCGCAGAAUGAGUCGGCAGAAGCUGAUCGGGAGCUUUUCUUACAGGCAUUUGAAAAACCUACACAAAUAUACAGAUACCUACGUACAAGAAAUAUAGCUUCGCCAAUAUUUCUCCACCGUACACUGACUUACAUGAAACAAAGAAGAACAUGCAGAGAUAAGAAAAGGAAAUAUUUCAAGAUUGACUCGAUCCUAAACUCUGUUGAAGACAAAACAAAAAGAAUUUCACAAACAGACAGUUACAAGUCUCAAUUUAUGAACCUGAAUUUUAGUGCUUUCAAUAUUGAUGAAGAUUAUGACAGAGACGCUGUGGACGUGGAAGUGACACUUUUAAAAAUUUGCCACAAAAAACGAAAGGAUGCCUCAUCGCCGGUGAUCAAGACUAGUCUCGGAAAGGUUCAGGUGUCUGUUAAUCCCACCAAUGUGAACGGCAUCCCUAGCCGUCCGGUGUCAACUGUAUCUGUGCCAAAGGAUCAUUUUGUCCAACACAACGGCCACACGGUCAAGUCAUUUGCCUUACUGGUCAGCGUGACGUGUCCAGUUACUCCCGAACACACUAACGGCAUGUGCAAUGGCGACUCCAGUGAUCACGAAGAGCCAAUGAGCAAGAAAAGGAAGAACGGCCAAUCUUAUAAAACCGCCAUCGUGUAUGGAUCAGAACUUGUGAUAUACGAUAGACAGAAGAGGUGUCAGCUCAGUGAUGGAGACUAUGAAGUCGUUCUCAAAGAUCUUCAGGCAAAAGUCCUGCCAAAGAAACAAGCAUCCUGGGAAACAAUAAUGGAUGGCAAGGCUGUAGGUGCGUUUGAGGUAUUUAACUCGUAUCCAACGCUACGUUUCACCAUCAGCUGGACGGACACUGCUCAGGAUCUCCACCACAACUCAGGCAUGCUAGACGCUCACCAGGAGUUCCUCAGUAACAAUCAGUAUUCCAACCACAUAAUGUCCAACUAUAACUCAGGGAUGAAAACCUCUCCAAAAGAUGCCUAUCAAACUACGCCAAAGAAACGCACACGGAUGUUUUAUCAAUUUUUAUAUAACAACAAUUCAAGGCAGCAGACGGAAGCGAAAGACGAUCUUCACUGUCCGUGGUGUUCACUAAACUGUAUGCAGCUCUACAAUCUCUUUAAACAUCUACGCCUCUGUCACGCUCGAUUUAAUUUUAUCUAUGUGCCUCAUCCCAAAGGUGCCAUGGUGGAUGUAUCCAUCAAUGAGCGAUAUGACGGUGCGUAUGCUGGGAGUCCUCAGGAUCUACAUAGUCACAUAGGGUACGCCUUCAGUCGGAAUGGCCCUGUCCGACGUACCCCAGUGACGCACGUCAUCGUUUACAGACCGAAGCGACCAGAGGAAAGUUUAACAGAAUUCAUGGACCAUGAGAAUGAUAAUCAUCAGACAAGUAGGCAGCUAGUACAGGGACACAAUAGGUUAUACUAUCAGACUGGGACUCGUUUACCCAUCACGCCGCAGGAGAUUAAUGUCGAGACGGAGGAAGAAAGCGACCCCUUGUGGCUACGACAAAAAACAGUACAGAUGAUAGAUGAGUUUACAGAUGUCAAUGAAGGUGAAAAAGAACUUAUGAAAUUAUGGAACCUGCAUAUAAUGAAACACGACUACAUUGCCGACUGUCAGAUUCCCCAGGCAUGCGACACGUUUAUCGAGGAACAUGGACAGGACAUUGUGACCAGGUCUCUGUGCAGGAACCUCCUUCUUCAUGUGAUAAACCUGUUUGACUUCAGUCUAAUCCGACCAGAAAAUGUGCAGCGGACAAUGGCAGCGUUAGAAAAUCUUCGAGAUCAAAUGUCCGCGACUUUGUGAUCAAACUGCAGGCUUCUUUGGCAGAAAAUUUUCUUGCAAGAUUGUGAGGAUUUUGGAUUGUAGCAUAGAAGGGAGAAAAUAUUAUAUUAUUAGUUUAAGUAGUGGUCGGGUAUUUUCUUAUUUCAAUAUCAAGUUUGUUUUGAAAGUUUAAUAUAUUGAAGAUGAUUUUACUCUUGUGAUAUCAACAUAUUUGAUCCUUUCAGAAAUUGUCUACUUUUUUCCCCAACCUAUUUCUGUAUUCAAAAGAACAUACUUUUUAAACUUUCGGCAUCCUCCUUGCGCAUUUAAUAUAUUUUAAAAAUUUGUUUUCGUGUCAACUCAGUAUAUCAACUUUGGGAAAGUUGCUUCUAAGUCUAUAGAUAAAUGUCUUGGAGAAAGAGAUAUGUUUUAGCAUGAGAUUGAGUUCAUCAUUAAACUUACAAGCCACAUAAUGUUAGCCCUCUUCCAUGCUACCAUCCACAAGUUUUUGCAUCUGUUCUGGCCGCGGACAGACUCCAGGGUUUACAUCACCGGAGUGCCACAGUGGUACCGCAAAUUUGUUCUUCGUUGGAAUAUCAAUGCAGAUGAUAUUUUAAUUAUUGAAUGUAUGUGUAUGUUCCUUUUCCAUGGUAUUUGUUUGAAUAUCUGUGAAAGUUAAAAUAUAACCCAUAGAAAACUUUUGAGAAAGAACGCGUAUGGCUAUAGAGAAUGCUCCAGUCAAGAUAUGGAACAGCGAAAUUGAGUUGUUUCAAAUUAAAUUUGUAUGUGUUGGGAGAUGAAAACAAGAUUCCCUCACAAACAGGUUGGUACGGCAUACUGGUGUCUCUCCGUUGUAACACAUUGUUAGUUUCGUAUACUGAAUGAAAUUUCGAAUGUUUGCCAUUAUGAUGUAUAUAAUUGUCAGUAUGGAUGAAGAGUGGGAGGAUUGUUUGAAUGAAACGUGGGUUUGCAUAUAUGGAAAUUAUUUUGAGCUGGAAAAGACCGAACUUCUGAGACAGAGAGGAGUCAAAGAUGAUAGAAGAUUCGGGGGUACACGUACAUAAGAUGUACAGUAAUCUUUCAUAUAAUAAUGUUAUUUAUUAUUUAAUUGUUACGAACAAAAUUUUACUCCGUUUGAACUUUGACUCAAAAAUCAAAAGGGUGACUCUGGGUGGAUUUGUCGGUCUUUUCACGUUUCAAACACGACGUGUGGUGUGUGUAUGUGGGCCGAUUGUUCUGUUGUUACUUCUAUGCAUGAAUUAAAUGAUAAACAUCAGGGACUAAAACUACCAAUGGAGCAGCUAAACUAUUGGAUGUAAAACUAAACUUUUCAAAUGUUCGUCAAGUUGUCAGCAUCUUCGUUCAAAUUUUUAAGUUUUAAACAUUUUUAUGUUAGUCACUCAUACUGGAUAAAUCUGUGUGUAAAAUUUUGUGAGAAUUUAUUUUUCUUUGACUUUCAUGUUGCCGUGGGUUAUCUCCCUUCCCACAUCAUCCGGAGGUUUCAUUGUGCUGGAAAAUAUGUAAAAUGAUUUUAUCUGUUACAGAUUAUGUGGUUGUAAGUGAUAUUGCCCGACUUGUCUCUAUUGGGGUGGGGUGAGGCUUGCUGCGGUAGAAAACAGUUUAAAAUUGUGAGAAAUAUUGUCAGAAAUACUGUUUCUGUUUCUAUAUUUCAUUUACCUCUGAAAUUUAGCACAAAUAUUCAUGUCCAAUCUCACGAGACAUGUAUGUACAACAGUGUUUUUCACCAUGGCAACCAGGAUUUAAUUCUCAGAGUUGACAUGAAAAGGUAUUUUUGUCACCGCCCAUCCAUAUGGGUUUUCUCUGGGUACCGUGUGACAAAACUUUAUUCACAAUCAUUGCAAAAUAAUAUUCACAUAUAGAAUGGUGUUUAGUCUCGUUCAAAGCCAAAUUUACAAUUCUUACUGUAUUUAUUAACUGAUGUUGAUAUUAGUCUGAAUGAAACAUAGGAAUAGUAGGUCACCUGGUAAAAUAGACAUUUUCACCGAAAUACUGCAACAUGAUCAUAAAAAAAAAACACAGACUAAAUGACGAGGAUAUCAAAAGCUGUAUAUAUAGGGGUGCUUCUGUACUGUAC